AUGUCCCAGACCAAAGCGCCCAAGGUCCGCGCGACCCUCUUCUGCAUCCUGGUGGGCGUCGUGCUGGCCAUGGUGGCCGUGGUGACCGACCACUGGGCGGUGCUGAGCCCCGAGGUGGAGCACCACAAUGCCACCUGCGAGGCGGCCCACUUCGGCCUCUGGCGGAUUUGCAUCAAGCGCAUUGUCACGAGUGACGGCAAGGACAAGACCUGCGGACCCAUCUCCCUGCCUGGGGAGAAAAACUGUUCCUACUUCAGGCAUUUUAACCCAGGCGAGACCUCCGAGAUCUUCGAAGUCACUACUCAGAAAGAGUACAGCAUCUCGGCCGCCGCCAUCGCCAUCUUCAGCCUCGGCUUUAUCAUCAUGGGGACCAUCUGCGCGCUUCUGUCCUUCAGGAAGAAGCGGGAUUACCUGCUGAGGCCGGCGUCCAUGUUCUAUGCGUUCGCAGGUCUGUGCCUCUUCGUGUCGGUGGAGGUCACGCGGCAGUCGGUGAAGCGCAUGAUCGACAGCGAGCACACCGUCUGGAUCGACUACUACUACUCCUGGUCCUUCGCCUGCGCCUGCGCCGCCUUCGUCCUCCUCUUCCUCGGUGGCCUCGCCCUCCUGCUCUUCUCCCUGCCUCGAAUGCCCCAGAACCCCUGGGAGUCCUGCAUGGACGCGGAGCCCGAGCACUAGCCCUCCGGGGCCCCCGGCCACCCUCAGGAAGCCGAGCCUGGCCCAGAACGUUCUAGAGAGGAGGCGGGAGCUUUACCUCUCCCCGGUGCCACCUACCCCACGACAGCCGCUGCUGCUUCCCUCUCUGAGCCCUUCUUUGGGCUGUGACAGGCUCCCCCUGGGAAU